AUGCUCCCAACUAAAAUAAAAUUGGAAAAGUUGAAAAAAAAUUUAAUAAAUUCAGGUAUAAAAAUCGAAAAACGAAUGAAUAAAAAAAGGAUUUAUGUUCUUGCGAUUUCUCAAAAGACGAUCGAACCUAUGAUAAGCCAGAUAAAAGCUAUAUGCUUGAGUAAUAACUUUGUUUAUUUGGAAACUCAAAAUUUGUAUGAGUAA